AUGGCAUUGCAACCGAUUGAUACCACUGAAGAGCUUCCAGUAAUCUGGCUUGCUCCCCCACCCGCUCUCCUCCCUUCAAGCCACCCCAUCGCCAUCCGCCCUAUCCCCAUCGCCAUCAGCGCAACACUAGCAAGCCUGCUCAUCCUUGUCCUCGUAAUCCUAUACAACAAGAAGCCAAAAGCCGCCAACACACGGCAAGAAAGCAUCGAGCUCGCCACACUCAAAAACAACAUCCACAUCGUACGAUCCCUGACCACCGUACCACCAGUCACUGCAUCACCAGUCUCUGCAUCACCGCACAUAUGUUCCCAUCACGCUUCCUUAUCAUAUGCAUCAAGCCAACUUGCAGAAUCCGACAGCAUCACAUUCGAGGACGACCCACCCAGGACUCCGCCACUACGAGACACACCACCAGUUCAAUAUUACCACGCCUACCUCAAGGACAGUCUUCCCGCACCCCAUCACCAAAGCGCCACCAAUCCUCCCUCACCAUCGAUAGCCAGCUACUACUACUCGCCAGAAGACCCUGUUGACACAGCAGCGCGUUUAGACUUUAGCGUCUCUAUCAACGACACUGUACCCAAUGCUCCACUGGUACACCCUAUCGACACAGCAGCCAGCUCGGACUACUCCGUCUCGAUUGGGCCAACCCCGCUGCCCAGCCGUCAGAACUCCCUUCGCAAUAGGGAGACCAAUGGUGUAUGGACAAGAUUGAGACUAGGUCCAGAGUACGACGGUGACCGCACUUUCGUACCCAGCGAGGCGAAUCUUCAACUGGGAAAAGGCAAAGGCUAG